GACCCGAGAACCUCUUCUUCCCGGGAGCAGCUAUGAGCAAGCGGAACCAGGUUUCGUACGUGCGGCCAGCCGAACCGACGUUCCUGGCCCGCUUCAAGGAACGGGUCGGCUACAGGGAAGGGCCUACCGUGGAAACCAAGAGAAUCCAGCCUCAGCUCCCAGAUGAAGAUGGUGAUCACAGUGACAAAGAAGAUGAACAGCCCCAAGUGGUGGUUUUAAAAAAGGGAGACCUGUCAGUUGAAGAAGUCAUGAAAAUUAAAGCAGAAAUAAAGGCUGCUAAAGCAGAUGAAGAACCGGCUGUAGUUGAUGGAAGAAUCAUGUAUCGAAAACCAGUCAAGCAUUCCUCGGAUGAAAAAUAUUCAGGUUUAACAGCAAGCUCAAAAAAGAGGAAGGCAAAUGAAGAUGAAAUAAAUAAGCAGGACUCAGUUAAAAAGAACUCACAAAAGCAAAUAAAAAACAGUUGCCUCCUUUCUUUUGACAAUGAAGAUGAAACUGAGUAAGUGUAAAUAUUUUGGACUUCAUCUUUCUUAAGAGUAUAUGGGGUGUUUUUUAAAGUGACACUUUUUUUUCUAUUUAAAAUAAUACAAGUUCAUUAUAGAAAAUUCAGAAAAAAUUUAGUAUGAUAAAAAUUUGUCUCUCGGUACCCCUUUGACAUGAGGCUAACUCUGUAGAUAUUAACUACUAUUAACAUUUUGUAACUCCCUCCCACAUGUGGGGUAUGUAUGUAUGUAAAUUAUAUUUUUAAAACAAAAUUGAGAUUAUAUUGUAUAUGUUUUCUGUCCUGCUUCUCACAUGACAUUAUAUUCUGAGCAUUUUUCCAGAUCAGUAAAAUUCAAAAACUUAA